ACGUGUAUGGUUUCAGCCCAAAUUGCACUCCACUCAGUUCAAUUACCAUUAUGAAGUACAUUUAAAAAUACAAUUCCUCUCCAGCAGGACCAGUGCACUCAACUAUCUCUAGGAGAGAGUCAUUCUUAUAUUUCCAUCACUGUGCAAUUAAACUUGAUUCCACCUGGAUUUUCGCCUUAUGGGGCUUAGGAUACAAUGAAGAUAUGAAGUGGGCUUAGGAUCGUAGAAUUCAGCUUUACGAUGACAUUGUCGGAAAAGAAGUCUCCGGCAGCCCACCUUGAUUCAAACCAGCUAAAUUCUUGGAAACAUAGCACUGCACAAUCCUUUUCAGCAAGCGACUUAAGAAGGGUAAAUUUACUUUUCAGACGUUUUUUCUUCCUAUGCUUUUUCUUUUGCAGUAUUCUCACUGAGAAGAUCUCGCUUUUGGGGCGGCGUUGUACUCUUUGUCUCGACUGAAGCUUGAGCUUUCACAGUAGUGGCGCUAUCUUCUUUCUUUAUACCAUGUUCACUCACGUAUCUCUCGAGCAAAGGUUUGUAGAUAUAUACACCGCUCGUAACUCCGACCAAAGUAACUAAAAAUAACUGAUGUAAAGGCAUUCUUCCGAUGCUUCUUAUGAAAGAAAGCACCAUUUUAGGGUGAGAUCUUUAGCUAGGGUCUGUCAAAAACCAUCAGGCGUUACUCGUUAGCGAUAGAGUUAAGACUGGGCUCCCCACUGUACAGAUGCCUUGUUGAAUUUGAUGGCUAAGGUGGAAAUGGAGGUCGAAGAAAUCGGAGGACCUGAGCUAACAAGAAGAAAACGGACUCAAAUGGGUAAGGAAUCAGAGAGGCCAUCUUCCAUCGACCAGGGAGAAGUCGCUUUGGUAUCUUCAAAUGUUAUUUACCGGUCAGACAAUUGGCUGUUUCCAGCAUUACUCUUGUUCAGGAUCAUUAAUGCCUUGGUAAUCAAGACAUUUUUCGUCCCUGAUGAAUUUUGGCAAGGGCCUGAAGUUGCCCAUAGAGUUGUAUUUGGAUAUGGAUACUUGACAUGGGAAUGGAAAGAGGGCCUUAGAGGCUGGACUUUUCCUCUGAUCUUUGCAACAAGUUACAAGCUCUUGGCCUUAUUUGGCAUUGAUACCGCUAAGUUCCUUGUUGUUCUUCCCAGGGUGAUGCAGGCAUGUUUUGCAUCGUUCGGCGACUUGUUUUUGUACAAAUUAGCAGCAAAGAGGUUCGAUCUACAAACUGCGAGAUGGACACUCAUUUGCUACUUGAUCUCGUGGUUUACACUUUACUGCGUGACUAGGACGCUGACAAAUUCAUUGGAAACCGUACUAACAACAAUGGCUCUUUAUUACUGGCCUUGCGGUGGCCAAAAAGAUGGCAUUAAACAAACUUUCAAAUCUCUCUCUGUUGCGGCGAUUUCUUGUAUCAUCAGACCAACAGCUGCAGUCAUGUGGAUUCCACUGUGUGCUUUUUAUUUAUUUUCAUUGCCCGACAAAUUAUCAUUUAUCGUUAGCUGUAUUUCUCCUAUUGGAUGUCUGGCAAUUUUAUGGUCCCUCAUUGUCAACAGUUGGUGUUGUGGCAAGUGGACACUGGUGGAACUCAACUUUGUCAAAUUUAAUGUCAUUACUGAUAUGGGAACAUUUUAUGGAAGUCAUCCAUGGCACUGGUAUUUUACUCAAGGAUUUCCUGCUGUGAUGUUUACACACUUGAUUCCAUUUUUUGGUGGUGUUUACAAAGCUUCCCAAAAGCAGCAAACCUUGGCUUUGCUAAUCUUGUGGAGCAUCAUCGUCUACAGUUUCUUGGGACACAAGGAAUUUAGGUUCAUUUUUCCUGUGGUCCCUUUGGCCAUGUGCUACUGUGGGUUCUUUCUAAGCUUCCUUUCUGGAUAUCAAUGUGAGAAAAAGGAUCAUGCAUUUGAAGAUGGUUUUUCAAGGAAGGUGAAAUCUGGCUGGAAAGCAAAGAUGAUGGUACUAUUUUUAGUACUAACAAGUAUUCCAUUGGCCAUAUACACCAGCACUGUUCACCAAAAGGGAACAAUUGAUGUGAUGGAGUACAUUCAAAGCGAAAGCUCCAAACUGAGAAACACUAAUGACAUGUCUGUAUUAUUUCUGAUGCCAUGCCAUUCAACGCCAUUUUAUAGUUUUGUGCACAGAAACAUAAGCAUGAGGUUUUUAGAAUGUCCCCCAAGUGCAGAGCCAGGAUAUAUUGAUGAAGCUGAUCAGUUUUACAGACAUCCCACAUCAUGGCUAUCAGAACAAUUCAGGGACCACAGAAUCCCCUCAGGUCACCAGGGUGAACCUCACCACCUUCCAUCACACCUUGUCCUGUUCAAUGUGCUUUUACAAAGUAUAUCAAAGUGGUUGGAGCAUUUUCAUUACAAAGAGGUGACCUCGUUUGACAACCAAACUAUAUGUAAUCUUAAAUUUCUGAUACUUGCAUCAUACUUAUUUGCCAGCUAUGUAGUAUUUCAUAGAUAUCCCUUCCUAUUCCACAUCACAUAGCCCUCAACAAGAGUCCUUGAUUAGAAUAAAUAGUUAAAAAGCUUUCUGAAAAAAAAAUUAAGUAAAUGUAAUAGUAAUCAACAUUUAUAAAGUUUAUCUUGCUUAAUCAGCAUUCUGAAAACUGUAUUGUUUCUUUUUGUUAAGUUGACAUUUCUUGUUAUGAUGAAACAUAAUGUCAUAUGUUGUGCAUGAUCUUUAAAUCUUUGUGGCCCUUUUUUUUUUUUUUUGCAAAAAGUACACCCUUGAAGUGAAAGACUCAUUUGAAGCAGUCAAUCCUGAAUGAAAUGCCACUGUUACGA